AGAGAGAAUGAGAAGACUUUGUCAGUGGCAGAGGAGACAAGAAGACAGAGCGAGAGGCAGACAGACACAGCGUAUAAGAGAGGAGAAAAGUGUUACAUGAUACUCAGGACAACACAGCCAGUGUUCAGCUUGCACAGCUGCAGUUGUAGUGUGUUGUCUUUCUCUAAUGCAUAAUUCUCUCUCUGUCGGUGCUCAGGGUUUCUUUUACUAAUAUGCCUACAUUUGUUUGUGUCUGAGUUCGGUGUCAGUGGUUCAGUCCAUGCUCAUCAUUAUGUCAUCUUGGUGGUACUUACUUUUUGUGACCAUUUGGGCUCAGGUAGCUCUCAGUUUGGGUGCUGGGAAUACACAUUACCGCUACUUUCACAGGAACUGCUACACCUGCUUCAAUGGAUACCACACAGGAUAUGUGGGCACAGAUAUCAACGAGUGCCAGGUCCAUAACGGAGGCUGCCAGCACAGAUGUGUGAACACCAGAGGCUCCUACUAUUGUGAAUGCAACCCAGGAUUCCGUCUACACGUUGACGGCCGAACGUGUAUUGCUGUGCUCUCCUGUGCUAUUAGUAAUGGAGGCUGUCAACAUCAGUGCGUACAACUCUCUCCUGCCCACUUCCAGUGUCGCUGCAGACAUAACUACCAGCUUACUGCUGAUGGCAAGCACUGCAAAUUGAGAAACCCAUGCGCCGAGAGGAAUGGUGGCUGUAUGCAUACAUGUCGUGAUAUAGGCCUUCGUGCCCAGUGUGCCUGCCACACAGGCUACAGCCUGGCUCAGGAUCACAAGAGCUGUGAAGACAUUGAUGAAUGCGAAACAGGCCAGGCUACAUGUGCUCAUGAUUGCAGAAACAGUCCAGGUUCCUUCUCCUGUGUCUGUAACCCUGGAUAUGAACUAGGCUCUGAUGGCAGGAAGUGCUAUCGCAUUGAAAUGGAGAUUGUGAACAGUUGUGAAUCUGGGAAUGGAGGCUGUUCACAUCAUUGUCAGCACGGUACACUUGGACCCGUAUGCAGCUGUAACCAUGGUUACCAACUUGAUGAGGACCUCAAGACUUGUUCAGACUUGGAUGAAUGUCUAGAGGAGAGAUCGUGCUGUGAACAGGACUGCACCAACUAUCCUGGCGGCUAUGAAUGUUACUGUAGUGCAGGGUACAGACUCAACUCUGAUGGAUGUGGAUGUGAUGAUGUAGAUGAGUGUGUGUCUGAUAACGGCGGCUGUGAGCAUACAUGUCAGAACACAGCUGGGUCUUACCAGUGCUUCUGUAAUCUGGGACAUCGUCUAGCUGAUGACAGACACUCCUGCAUCCCUCUGGACAAGGCAGUAGAAGCACUGUCUGUUGAUGCACUAUCUCACCGUGUGGUGGUAGAGAACCCAUUUUCAAAGUUUACCCUGCUGCAGGACUACCCUCAGCCCCUAGAGCAUUAUGAUGAUUAUGAAGAGUACACCUUUGGAGAACUACGGGCAGAGAACACUAUCACUGAGAAAUUUGUCUGUCUGGACAACACAUUUGGCCAUGACUGCAGUCUGACGUGCGAAGAUUGUUCUAAUGAUGGUGUGUGUAAUGUGGAGAGCAAUGGCUGUGACUGUCCUGAUGGCUGGGCUGGCAUUAUCUGCAACCAGACCUGUCCCGAGGGUACUUUUGGAAAAAACUGCUCCUUUACAUGCAAGUGUAGAAAUGGUGCCACAUGUGAUCCUGUGACGGGAUUUUGCCAUUGCCCACCAGGGGUCAGUGGAGACAUGUGCCAGAAUGGAUGUCCUAAAGGGUUUUAUGGCAAAUACUGCAACAAAAAGUGCAACUGUGCAAAUAAUGGACGAUGCCAUCAAACCUUUGGUGCCUGUCUCUGUGAACCAGGCCUGUAUGGGAGAUUCUGCCAUCUCAAAUGUCCUAAAUGGUCAUAUGGACCUGGCUGUUCAGCUGAGUGCCAGUGUGUUCAACAAACCACUCUCGAAUGCCACAGACGUUAUGGAACCUGUGUGUGUAAACCUGGUUACCAGGGCAAGACAUGUAGCGAAGAGUGUAAUAGUGGGUACUAUGGCCCAGGAUGCAAGACAAAAUGCCAGUGUCCACCAGGAGCUAACUGCCAUCAUAUAACCGGAGAGUGUCAGCAACAGUGUCUAGCUGGAUGGCAUGGAAAAAGCUGUGACCAAGAAUGUCUAGAAGGGAGGUUUGGUGUUAGCUGCUUUGAGCACUGUGACUGUAAUGGAGCAGUGUGUGAUUCUGUUACGGGACGCUGCCACUGUCCAGCUGGCAAGAUGGGAGAACAUUGUGAAGAUGAGUGUGAGAAGGGCCGCUGGGGCCUGGCUUGUGCUGAAUCAUGUCCUGACUGUGAGAAUGGAGGGGAGUGUGACAAGCAGAAUGGAACCUGUGUGUGUGUGCCAGGCUACACCGGAAACCUCUGUCAGGAUGUCUGCCCAAAUGGCUGGUUUGGUCUUGGCUGCCAGUUUCAGUGCCCUUGUGAGAACAGCAACCAUUGUGAUCCUGUCUCAGGCUUCUGUGUGUGUAAUGAUGGCUGGAUUGGAGCCAACUGUAAAAAGGCAUGUGAGCCUGGAUACUGGGGAGCCAACUGUCUCGAUGUGUGUAACUGUAUGAGCAGUUUAGUGAACUGUGACCCAGUGACGGGGCAGUGCCACUGUGAGGCAGGGUACACCGGGACCCACUGCGAACAAAAGUGUCCUACAGGUUAUUUUGGGCCAGAUUGUCGCCACCAAUGCCAGUGUGAGAAUGGUGCAGAGUGUGAGAAUGUGGGUGGAGCCUGCAGCUGCCUGCCAGGCUGGAUUGGGACAUACUGUGAAAAAUCGUGUCCUCAGGGAUUCUAUGGUCUGGAGUGUCAACAGAAGUGUGAAUGCCUGAAUGGUGGUCAGUGUCACCAAGUGACGGGAGUGUGUUUGUGUUCAGCUGGCUGGCUUGGCCCCCACUGCACCUCCAAAUGCCAGGAUGGCACCUUUGGCCCUGACUGUAAGCUGAGCUGUAACUGCUACAAUAAUGCCAGCUGUGAUCAUGUUAAUGGGCAGUGCCAGUGUGAGCCAGGCUGGACUGGGCCAAGUUGUGAAGAAGAAUGCAUGGCUGGCUUUUAUGGCAUGGACUGCCACCAGCAAUGCCUUUGCCAAAAUGAUGGGUCAUGUGACAAGAUCACUGGGCACUGCUUGUGUGCUAGUGGAUGGACAGGGAUAGCGUGUGAACUUGAAUGUGCUCCAGGUUUCUUUGGUGCUGAUUGUCAGCAUAGAUGUGAAUGUGAGAAUGAUGGUGUGUGUGACCGCCAAGAUGGAAAGUGCACGUGUCCAGCAGGCUGGGUGGGCCAAAAGUGUGAGACGGCUUGUGAAGCAGGGCAUUUUGGACCUGGCUGUCAGAAACUGUGCCGAUGUGAACAUGGAGCUCCAUGUGAUCAUAUAACCGGGGUCUGUCUGUGCCCACCAGGCUGGAGAGGGUUCCACUGUGAGAAAACAUGCUUACCUGGAUUUUAUGGGCAAAGGUGUUCUCACCGAUGUCUGUGUGCCCAUGGAACAUCCUGUAAUCAUGUGACAGGGGAGUGUGGAUGCCUUCCUGGUUUUACUGGAAUGAGCUGUGAGCAAAAAUGUCAGCCUGGAACAUACGGAUUAAACUGCAACCAUGUGUGCCAGUGUUCUGAAGCUAAUCACCUGUGUCAUCCUGUCACUGGAGUGUGUUAUUGUGCACCGGGCUACCAUGGUGACAAGUGUGAUAUAGAAUGUGAAGAUGGUCGUUAUGGUCCAAACUGUGAGCGUGAAUGUCAGUGUUUGAAUGAUGGUGUGUGCCAGCCUACCACAGGCACUUGUGACUGCCCUCCAGGCUAUAUCGGAGCCAACUGCAAUAUCACAUGUCCAGCUGGCUGGUAUGGACAGGACUGUAAGCAAGUAGCUCUGUGUGGAGAAGGAGCCAGGAGUGAUCCUGUCACAGGCCGCUGUGUGUGCAAUAUCAGCCACCAAGGAGAAGACUGUGGACAAGGUUGUGCACAGGGCUGGUUUGGAGAAGACUGCACUUGGCGUUGUAACUGCAGUAAUGGUGCACUGUGUGAUCCUGUAACAGGAAACUGCACCUGUGGCCUGGGCUGGACUGGGGAUAACUGUGAUACAGAGUGUCCAAGAGGCAGGUAUGGCGCUAACUGCCACCAGCUGUGUGAUUGCAGGAACAGUGCCACCUGUGACCGAGUGACCGGAGAGUGCCAGUGUGAUCCAGGAUUCUAUGGCCAUCUCUGUCAACAUGCUUGCCCUUCUGGAUUCCAUGGCCACCGCUGCCAAUUUGCAUGCAAAUGCCAUGGCAAGGCCCAGUGUGAUGCCAGGACGGGUCGGUGUUUCUGUCCUCCAGGUUAUCAAGGGGAGCACUGUGAGAAAGAGUGUGAACAAGGCAGUUUUGGGCCAGACUGUGCCCAUGUAUGUGACUGUGAUGGAGACACAUCAUGCGACCCUGUGAUGGGCAAGUGCCUGUGUGGACCAGGAACAAUGGGGCACCGCUGUGAUACAACCUGUACACUGAAUCACUAUGGACCUGAAUGUUCAGAAAGCUGCAAAUGUGGAAAUGGAGCUCAGUGCAAUCCAAGGAAUGGACAAUGCACUUGUCUGGAUGGCUGGAUGGGGCCGAACUGCCUAGAAGGCAGCAUCCUUACCUCCAGUCAACAGCACUCCAGAGGGAAGCCACAACACAGUGCUUCAGUAUGACAACCGCAAAACAUGUCCUGUAAUGUUGAUUUAGGCUUUUAACAAGCCUAACUAAACAAGUGCACUAGGAAUCUGUCUCCAGAACAGAAAUUGGAAUGUUUUUUUUUUUGCAUACCUGAGCAAACUUGAUAUUAAUAAUGGAAAUUGGCUCAUUAACCCUCACUAUCUAAACCAGAAAAAAAGGCUAAUAGCCCACCACUAUCUGAAACUUCAUUUUAAAGUUGUAUAAAAUAUGUAUAAAGGUGUUUAUACUGUAUGCAGUAUUUGUAUAAUUAUGCAUAUGUUUUGUAAUAUCAUUUGUAUUUACAUUGAUAUUGUCACCAGAACGUUUCUGGAGAUUUGAGAGGGUCCCCCCCCCAAUUAUUUUUUCCUCCUUUACACAGUACUGUACAAUGUAAAUAGAUAUAGGAUAGUGAAAUGCGAUUAGACUUUGCAGUUAUGUAAUUUUCAUAUCAAGGAAAGAGUAAACAGUUCUUUUUUAUAUAUAAUAUGUACAUAAACAUUCAAAAAAUAAUAUUGCAUAAUAGUGGUAUAUAUUUUUCUGUAUGUGUAAAAGUGCAUAUAUUAACUGUAAACAACACUACAAUUGAAUUUAUUCUUUUGAUUACACUUAAAAAUAAUAUUUUGUCAAAGAAUGUAUUUCCCCCCAUCUGUUCAAUACAAUCAUUAUUUUGUAAAUUGUGCUCUGGAUCUAUAACCUAAAAUG